AUGUUUCUUGGAGGAAAGCCACUCCCCAGUUCAAGGCCAACACGGCUGUUUGAGUCACGGUCGGCGAGGCACCUUUGGCAACCGGCCUUCAUCUUCACCAACCAUCGUCAUGCCAGGAGGGGUCUCAAAACAGUCGUAGAGGCGGUUGCGCCAGUUAGCAUAGAGGACUUUAGAAGAGAUGCAUUUCAUGCUCAAAAGCCUCUUCUCAUACGACCAAGCUCGAUACUCUUUACUGACCAGCAAAAUGAUACCGCCGAUACCGAAACCAGCACUUCUUCGACGUCGCCAACUUUACCCGCCCUAACUAAAUGGUUCACCACCUCUUCGACCUCGGGAAAGGCCUCCUUAACUCCUUACCUGGACAACUUCCGGUCUACCAUUCUCCCCUAUGAACUCUCCAACCCAAACUCAGCCCAGGUCUUGGAUUUCAUAUCCUGGCUUGAGUCCUCCUCAACAGCGACAUCCAGCGACUUAAACCCCGACUCCUACUCCGACUCAGACUCCCAAUCCCGUCUUGUCCUAGCCCACCUCCUAAAAACCUACAUCUCCCACCACCCCUCUUCCCCAUCACCAGAGUCCGAGUUCCUAAUCCUGGAUCUCCCCCUGCACCUCAUCCUCCUCGCCCACCAAUACAACUCCUCCCUCUCCUCCCCCUCUCCCCCUUUCAACUCCACCGCACCUUCCCAUGAUCGUAAACCCCUAACAAACCUCUACAUAGCCCAAGCCCCUCUCUCCCACAUCCCUUCUCCCCUGCAAUCCGACCUCCCCACCCCUCUUCUGGUGUCCCACGCCGGCAAAGGCGACAUCUACUCCUCCAGCAUCUGGCUCGGUUUACAGCCGACCUACACGCCGUGGCAUCGAGACCCGAACCCGAACCUAUUCUGCCAGCUAUGCGGGACGAAGACGCUUCGGCUGAUGCCGCCCAAGAGGGGCGAGGCGCUGUUUCGGGGGGUCAUGGCUUCGUUGCUGGCGGCUGGGAACCCGAGGAUGAGGGGGGAUGAGAUGAUGAAGGGUGAGCAGAGGAGGGUUUUGGAGAGGGCUGUUUGGGGUGGUACUGGAAGAACUGGAAGAACUGGUCCUGGCGGUCCUGACGGCGGGACGAAGGGACAGGGCCAGGAGCAGGAGCAGCAAGGGCUGGGGCAGGGUUAUGCUGAUGAGAUGAUGUACGAGGUGACGGUGCGGGCGGGGGACAUGUUGUUUAUGCCGCUUGGGUGGUGGCAUAGUGUUAAAAGCGAGGAGGGCGGCGAGGAAGGGGGGAUUAAUGGGAGUGUGAAUUGGUGGUUUCGGUAG